CCCCUAGCGCCGGAUGGUUAUGGAUGAGACGAUCCCUCGCGGUCACGGCCGGGAUGAACAGACUGACGGCCUUGGGACACGAGGCAAGAGGCAGUCUGUGUGUGGCUGGUGACGGUGGAGUCUGUCAUUGCAGAGUGAAGCCAUAGACGAAGAUGUCACAGGGAGUUAUCUCUCGCCAUUACGCCUCAUGCAUGAUGCCUCCAUGAUGCACGAGGACACUGGGUGCGGCCGGGGGGGGGAGAGACCAUGCAUCAGGCGUCGAGGUCAGCCUCGAAAGCUCAAGGUCCGGAGGGGACACGCUCAAUUCUUCACGAACUCGGAAAUCGCGGAGUCUGGCGAUUUCACGGAGUCGUUCCGGACGACGAACGAAUCGGGAACGAGUAAAUUGCAGGGAAUGAAAGUGUUUGUACCGUUUGCUUUCGUUACGAUUCGUGACACUUUCUUUUCCCAGGCCGUGCAUCGGACUGGAAAUUUUUUCCUCGUUACCCCCCCCCCCCGAGAAGGAACGAAAAUAAAUAUCCAGAUGGGGGAGAUAGAUAAAUAGGACGGAUGCAGCGAGACGUCCCCUCGGAACCGACGCGACCCGAUCCGCAGGGCGUUCCUCGCGGAUCGGGUGUCGCGGAGCCAUCGCGACGAUUGCGUUCUCCGAUUUCCAGAGUCCUGCACGGGCCCCGGGUACCCCAGCCCGCUCGCCGCGAUGUCCGGUCCCCGCGAGCGCCUCCUCUACGUCCCCUGCAUCCAGCGAUCCCCCGGGAAGCACGACUACCUGGCCACCGUGGACGUGGACCCCUCGAGUCCCACCCGUCUCCGCGUCGUCCACCGCCUCCACGUGCCCAAUCCCCGCGACGAACUCCAUCAUUCCGGCUGGGACGCGUGCAGCUCCUGCCACUGCGAUCCCACCGUCCGCCGCUCGCAUCUCGUCCUCCCCUGCCUCAACUCGGAUCGCAUCUACGUCGUGAACGUGUCGGAGCCUCGCGAGCCCAGGCUCGCGGCGGUCGUGGAGCCGGAGGAGAUGCACGCCGUGGACUGCGGGGCGCCUCACACGUCGCACUGCUUGGCCAGCGGGGAGAUCAUGAUCUCCACGAUGGGGAACGCCGAAGGAGACGCCAGGGGGUCUUUCGUCCUCCUCGAUGCCAAGACGUUCCAAUUCAAAGGGACCUGGCCCAAGGACGAUCAAACAGCCCCCAUGGGUUACGACUUCUGGUAUCAACCUUACCAUAACGUCAUGAUAUCCACGGAAUGGGGGGCACCCAAGGCGUUCCGAACCGGGUUCCAACUCUCUCAUCUCCAGGAAGGUCUGUAUGGCAGGCGCCUGAACGUGUGGGACUGGGAGGAAAGGGUUCUCAAGCAGAGCAUCGACUUGGGGGAGGAUGGAAAGAUUCCUCUGGAGGUCAGGUUCCUGCACGAUCCGAAGGAGGCGCAGGGGUUCGUCGGAUGUGCGCUUUCGUCUUCUGUCUUUAGAUUUUUCAAGGGGGAAUCGGGGGAGUGGGAGGCAGAGAAGGUGAUCCAGGUUCGACCCAAGACCGUUGCGGGAUGGGCUCUCCCGGAGAUGCCAGGGCUGAUCACGGACAUCCUCAUCUCGCUGGACGAUCGUUAUCUGUACUUCAGCAACUGGCUGCAAGGAGACAUCCGUCAAUACGACAUCACGGACAGGGCACACCCCAAGCUCGUCGGUCAGGUCUUCGUAUCCGGUGCCCUCGUCAAGGGAGGCCCGGUCACUCUCGUCCACGAUCCCGAAGGAAGGGAGCAGCCAGAGAAGCUGACGGUCAAGGGGGUGGAGGUGGAAGGUGGACCUCAGAUGAUACAGCUGAGCCUGGACGGCAAGAGGUUGUAUUUGACCACGUCUCUCUUCAGCGCCUGGGACGCCCAGUUCUACCCCGACAUGCUCGAGUACGGUCGUCCGUUCAGGAAAGGAUCAGUAAUGCUACAGAUCGACGUGGAUACAGAGAACGGAGGUUUGACGGUGAAUCCAGACUUCCUGGUCGACUUCGGACAAGAACCAGAUGGACCCGUCUUGGCUCACGAGAUCAGACCAAAGCGGAAGGGGACGGAACGGGACUUGCCCUCGCUCUCCGAGGAGAUCGGCGAGAAUGUUGUCCAUGAAGAGGAUCACGAGAAUUGCCGUAAAGAUGUGAAAGAUGGUCUGAAAGUGGUUGAUGCGAAAUAG